AUGGCCCUUCUCUCGGUCCCGGAUUACCAGAACCAACACGUCUUGCAGCGGAAUAGACUCAAAGCCCGUGCCUACUUUCUGCCAGAGACGAUCUUGUCGUUGAAUGGUCGCUGGGAGUUCAAUUACGCGCCGACCCCGGUGAGUGCGCCAGCACCGACCGGGAAUGAGCCGUUACCCCGCCGGGAUUUGGACCAAAAGGGCUCGUCUUGCUCUCCUUCCUGGGCUCCCAUCACCGUUCCGGGCCAUUGGCAGCUCCAGGGUUAUGGCCAUCCGCAUUACACCAAUGUCAUCUAUCCAUUCCCGGUCUGCCCCCCCUGGGUGCCAUCUGAGAACCCCACGGGGUCGUACCGGCGCUUGUUCCGGGUCCCGGCAGCCUGGGAUACUGACACCCAGUUGCGGCUGCGUUUCGAUGGCGUGGACAGCGCCUAUCAUGUCUGGGUGAAUGGCAUCGAGGUCGGCUAUUCCCAGGGCAGCCGUAACGCCGCCGAGUUUGACGUGUCGGCCGUUGUCCGCCGCGAUGCCGACAACGAGGUGUUUGUUCGAGUAUACCAGUGGUCUGAUGGUUCCUAUAUCGAGGACCAAGAUCAGUGGUGGUUGUCUGGCAUCUACCGCGAUGUGACUCUUGUCGCUUUUCCAGUACAGGCUCGUAUCGAGGACUUCUUUGUGCGGACCGAGCUGGAUUCCACCUAUACCGACGCGGCUGUGCGUUUGUCAUUGGACUUGACCACUACCGCGCCCGCGACUGUUGAGGUGACGCUGGUGGACCCAUUCCACGACAAUAAGACCCUGCACUCAGAGAGGUUUUCCGUCACCGUCGCGAAGCAGGGGAAUGCUGAGGUCACCCUCCCGGUCUCUAACCCUAGAAAAUGGACGGCUGAGACUCCGAAUCUGUACAAUCUCACCAUAUCCCUCUCCGUCGACAAUCGGGUUCUGCAGACCAUCAAGCACCGCUUUGGCUUCCGGCAGGUGGAAAUCAAAAAGGGCAACAUCACCGUCAACGGCGUGCCCCUCUUCUUCCGCGGUGUCAACCGCCAUGACCACCAUCCGUUGUUUGGACGUGCCGUUCCGCUAUCCUUCCUCCGUGAAGAUCUUCUCAUCAUGAAGCGGCACAACAUUAACGCUUUGCGUUGCUCGCACUACCCCUCGCAUCCGCGCCUCUAUGAGCUAUGUGAUGAAUUGGGGCUCUGGGUGAUGGAUGAGGCCGAUCUUGAAUGCCAUGGUUUCUACGAUGCCAUCGCUCGUCCCUUGGACAUCCCGGAGUCCAUGGACUACGAGGAGCGCAAGAAGCUGACCUUCAACAAGGCCGCCCAGUUCACGACCAACAACCCGGAGUGGAAGGACGCUUAUCUGGACCGCAUGGUGCAGAUGGUCCAGCGCGAUAAAAACCACACCUGCAUCAUCAUCUGGUCGCUGGGUAACGAGUCCUUCUACGGCCAGAACCAUGCCGCCAUGUACAACUAUGUCAAGGAGUUUGACCCCAGUCGUCCGGUCCACUAUGAAGGUGACGUGGAUGCCGUCACGGCUGAUAUGUAUUCCUACAUGUACCCCUCGGUCAACCGCUUGGUUGGUCUUGCUACCGCUGAAGGUGAUGACUUUACCAAACCUAUUGUCCUGUGUGAAUUUGGACACGCGAUGGGCAAUGCUCCAGGUGGUUUGGAAGAGUACAUGGAGGCCUUCCGCACUCACCGGCGCCUGCAAGGAGGCUGGAUCUGGGAGUGGGCUAACCAUGGGUUGUGGGAUGAGGCCAAGGGAUGGUAUGGCUACGGCGGUGACUUCAACGACCAUCCCAACGACGGCAAUUUCGUCCUCGAUGGCCUGCUCUAUAGUGACCACACCCCGACUCCAGGUCUGAUUGAGCUCAAAAAGGCGUAUGCGCCGCUCCGUGCAUGGGUGGGCGAGGACAACGCCAUUGUCGUAGAGAAUCACUACAAUUUCACUAGCUUGGAAGGUCUUCGCGCCAUCUACAAGGUUGAGGCCAUUGGUGAUGAGACCAAGAUAAUCACCAGUGGAACUCUCGAGAUCCCGCAGAUUCUUGCCGGUCAGCGCGGCACCAUGAAGCUGCCAGCAGUUUCAGGAAUUCCCACCGAGGGUGAGACCUGGCUCACGGUCAGCUUCCAAGACACAUCCGCUACUGCCUGGGCGGACAGCAACCAUGAAAUUGCCUGGUUCCAGCACCGGUUGAGCACGUCCCUUGUGUCCAAGGCCCCUGCACUGCAGUACAACCUGAACGUGGCAUCCACCGCCACCACCCACACCAUCACAGGUCCAGGGUUUACUUUCACCUUUUCACGGGAGACGGGCAGUCUGUAUGCCUGGGAAUCACAGGGUCGGUCUCUGCUCGACGCGGGGUCCUUGAACACCCCAGCUGCCCUUGGUAUUGGCUUCUGGCGCCCACCUACGGAUAACGACGUGCCCUGGGACUUGGGCCAGUGGCGGCGCUACGGCCUGGAUGUGAUGACAUCCCAGCUGCGCAAGAUAACUCUGUCACAGCCCCGUGCAGGCAGCGUGCAAAUCACAACGGAGACAUACCUGUCUCCACCCAUUCUAGCGUGGGGUUUCAUCGCGACAACGACGUACACCAUCUCCGGGGACGGUUCUCUUGCUGUCGCGGUCCAUGUGAAGCCUCAGGGUUCGAUGCCAGCUUCAAUGCCGCGAAUGGGGCUUGAUCUCCGUCUAGUUGAUGAGCUUGAUCACGCCGCUUGGUUCGGCCUAGGCCCUGGCGAGGCGUACGCCGACAAAAAGCGCGCGCAGAAGGUGGGGAUCUACGAGGCCACCACCGCUGAGCUGCACACCCCGUAUGAAGUUCCGCAGGAGGGCGGCAACCGGAUGGAGACCCGUUGGCUGCGGCUGCGCGAUACCCGCGGCGGGGGAUUGAAGAUCACGCGCGAGGCGACGGAUAAUAAGGAGGAGGAGGAGGAGGAGGAGGAGGAGGACGGCGAGGAGGUGUUCCAGUGGGUUGCGACGCGGUACAGCGCCGAGGCUGUGGAAAAGGCCAAACAUGCCAACGAGCUGGUGGCCGACUCGGUCGUGAGGGUGCGUCUGGACAUCGAGAGCUCUGGAGUAGGCACGGGGGCCUGCGGUCCAACCACCCUGGAACAAUACCGUGUCAAGUGCGAGGAGCGGCGAUUCCGGUUCCGCCUGGAGCCAUUUUGGUAG